AUGAUGGACGGAAUUCGACAGCGACAGCUAGCAGCAAAUGCGCAUCAAAUUCCAUCUCUAAAAGCUUCGGACACACACCCCGGUGGAGAUAUAAAGCACGGCGCUGUAGUUCAGAUAAUAAGGCUCUUGCUCAUUAUCAGCUACUUUUGCAUAUCAUGUAUCGUGAUUGUUCUCACCCAACUCUUAGGCACUCCGCUGUAUUGUAUUAAUCGAAAGUUGUAUUAUUCCUAUAUGUCAAUGACGAAGCAAUCGUUUGGCAUUUUCGUGACAACUUUGACUAAAUGGUGGGCGCCGACCGUGAUGCGCGUCAGUGGAGACCACUCUGUCGCUGGACAACUACAUAAAACAGUGGAUGGAGAAAUAGAAUGUUUAUUUCCUGAACGUCUUGUCUUGAUCGCCAAUCAUCAACUAUAUUCGGACUGGCUAUAUCUGUGGUGGGCAGCAUACACAAAUCGGCCCAAAAUGCACGGGCACAUUUUUAUUAUUCUAAAAGAAUCUUUAAAACGCCUCCCUGUAAUAGGAUGGGGAAUGAGGUUCUACGGAUUUAUCUUCAUGUCGCGGAAAUUCGCUGUUGAUGCCCCUCGAAUAUCAUAUCGUCUCCAAAAAUUGAAAGAAAUUCGUUCUGAAUCCCCAUGUGGGAAAAAAUAUCUAGAUCCUAUGUGGCUACUUCUCUUUCCAGAGGGGACAAAUGCUAGUGAUGUAGGAAGAGUACGAAGUGCUGAGUGGGCUAAAAAGAAAGGAAUCAAGGAUAUGGAGCACACACUUCUCCCUCGAAGCACCGGUACUUUCUUCUGCUUAAACGAGCUAAAGGGUACUGUGGAUUAUCUUUACGAUUGUACCUUAGCAUAUGAGGGUGUAAAGCGAGGUGAAUUCGGCCAAGAUACGUAUACACUUCGUUCCAUGUUCCUCCGAGGACAACCUCCGCCCUCGGUGAAUAUGUAUUGGCGACGGUUUGAACUUAGCCAAAUACCUCUCCAUGAUGGAACACAAUUCGACUUAUGGCUUCAUGACCGCUGGCUUGAAAAAGAUGCACUCCUGGAGCACUUUACCACCCAAGGGCUUUUCCCACCUAGCCCAGUUCUCUCCUCCGAUACUACCCCUGACGGGUUGAUCAAGAACGACUACAUUGAAACUGAAGUGAGGACUAAUCAUUGGUGGGAAGUAAUUUCAAUAUUUAAUGUUCUCGCUACAUUUAUUCUCUCGGUUAGCUUACUGGUGAAAGGUUGGAACGUUAUGAUUAGCGGGGCAGGUGCAAUUUAA